CGGCCAACCGAGGUACAUUCUGUGUUUGGUGACGAUGGAGAGCUCAACCAUGGUGGCGUCUCCCCCGACCGCGUCCAGCGUCAGUGCUAAGUUUACUCCGGGUGCCUUAGGCUCGGCCUUCACCCCUCUGUCGCGAGUGCCCCCAGCCUUCCCUCUGCUGCAGUCGCUGCCGUUCCUCCCCUCCGCAGUCACCGCCAGUGGCAAGCCGACAGCGCCCUUGGGAGUGGACCCUCGUGUGAUGGGAAUGCUGCAGAGCUACGGGUCCCUGGGACAGCUGCCGUGGGCCGCCCUGGGCGCCAGCGGCGACCUGGCCCUCAACCGCCUGCUCCUGACCCCCGGAGGCCGCCUGAGCCGCCCCAAGAAGCGCUACAUCUGCAAGUAUUGUCAGCGGGAGUUUACCAAGAGUUACAACUUGCUGAUCCACGAGCGAACCCACACGGACGAGCGCCCCUUCCCGUGCGACAUCUGCGGCAAGGCCUUCAGGAGGCAGGACCACCUCCGCGACCACAAGUACAUCCACAGCAAGGAGAAGCCCUUCAAGUGCGACGUGUGCGCCAAGGGCUUCUGCCAGGCGCGCACGCUCGCCGUGCACAAGGCCCAGCACGCCCACGACGGCCCCGUGGCAGCGCCCGCGCCCGCCCACGCUCCCUCCUCGCCCGCGUCCUCGCCGCCCGCGCUCCCCCCCGCGUGCCACGGGCGCCCCCAGGAGGACGAGGUGGUGGACGUGCUUCGCUGCGACGACGAUGACGCGGGGGUGGAGGACGACGUGAUGCAGACGGUGACGGAGGAGGAGGAGGAGGAGCUGCCCGUCGCGCCCGCGCCCAAGAGACUCGGCUUCUCCAUCGCAGACAUCAUGAGCAGAUAGACCACGCCCUUCGGCCCCGGCCACGCCCCGUCUUCUCCAGUGCCUUUUAAAACUGUACUCAAGCUUUAAUAUUCCUUGUAUAUAAUGUACAUACCAGAUUUAAUUUAUUAAAUGUGUUUUCGACGUUA